UUUCAUCAGAGCAGCGAUGCGAUUGGUCAGCGUGGCGGGGCCGCGAGUGCGCAGGGCGGCCAAGGAGGAGGAGAGGGAGAGGGAGCCUCCACCUCAGCAACCCCCCUCCCACCACUCCAACCAUCAGUUCAACAGCAUGAAGAACAAGUUCUUCAAUGAGCUCACCCACCUGCCAAAUCAUAAACUCAACUUGCCCAUGUGGGCUGUAGGAGCCAUUGUGGUCGUGGUUCUUGCUCUUGUUGCCUGUCUGGGAUUCUGCAUCUACAAGAAGUGCUUCAACAAGGGCAAGAAGCCCAAGAAGGUCCGUGAGAGGAAAGGAGGACGAGGGCGCAGGAAGAAGGAGAAGGAGGGCGAGGAAGGAGAGGACAAGAAGGAGGGAGAGGAAGGAAAGGAAGAGGAGGAGAAGGAAAACUUUGGCAAACUGGAGUACACACUGGAUUACAACUUUACUGAAAACCAGCUGAUAGUGGGCAUCCUCCAGGCUCAGGACCUUGCAGCCAUGGACAUGGGUGGAACCUCUGACCCAUAUGUCAAAGUCUACAUGCUGCCGGACAAGAAGAAGAAGUUUGAGACCAAAGUCCAGCGCAAAAACCUCUGUCCCGUCUUCAAUGAGACCUUCACCUUUAAGAUACCAUACAGCGAGCUGGGAGGUCAGACUCUGGUGCUACAGGUGUUUGAUUUUGACCGCUUUGGUAAACAUGAUGUCAUUGGCGAGAUCAAGAUCCCCAUGAACUCUAUAGACCUUGGACAGCCUAUACAUGAAUGGAAGGAUCUGGUUGGAGGAGAGAAAGAAGAGCAAGAGAAGCUGGGUGAUAUCUGUAUUUCCCUUCGUUACGUCCCCACGGCUGGUAAGCUAACGGUUAACAUCAUGGAAGCCAAGAACCUGAAGAAGAUGGAUGUCGGAGGAUUGUCAGAUCCUUUUGUUAAGGUGGUGCUGCAGCACAACGGGAAGCGACUGAAGAAGAAGAAGACAUCAGUCAAACAAAACACUUUGAAUCCUUACUUCAAUGAGAGCUUUAGCUUUGAGAUCCCCUUCUCCCAGAUCCAGAAAGUCCAGGUGCUGAUCACUGUGUACGACUACGACAAGCUGGGCAGUAACGACCCCAUCGGCAAGUGCUGGAUCGGAUACGGUGCCACCGGUGUUGGGCUACGCCACUGGUCAGACAUGCUAGCCAAUCCCAGGCGUCCAGUCGCCCAGUGGCACACGCUGCUGCCAGAGGAGGAGGUGGAUGCUGCUCUGAAGGCCCCCAUACGUUAAACACAGUCACACACACAUACGUCUGCAUGGGAGGGAGGGGGACCUCUAACUUGAAUAGUAAUCUUUAAUGUACUUCAGUUCCACCGUCAUGUGUGCUUUAUAUUGUUUUGAAUAAAUACCAUAAAAAUGUCUACAAACACAUUUUGUGUACACUUAAAUAUAUACUAACCGACAGUAUACACAGUGCAGCAAAAUGUUUGUGCACUGGCUCACGCUAAUACUGAAAAGCUGCACCAUUUAGGCUGACAGACUAACUAAUUAAAUGAGUAGUUUUCCUUACAAUGAAACUGAAUCUCGUGAAAAAUUGGCACCCCAUCAAUAUUUAUUUUCUUGGACGCCUUUCAUGUAAUCAAUGUCCUAUUUGUCUACAAGUUUAAAAGAUUUUUUUUCAUUAUAGCUAUACUGUAGUAUUGUCAGAUGAAUUUUGCUAUGCAAAAAUAGGAAAACAAAUGAUUUCCUUCCGUUACUGAAUCUUACAUAUCUUCUUAUAUUUUUCCUUUUUCCAUGUUUUCCCCUUGUCUAAACUGGAUUUUUCACGUGAAUGUAUUUAGUCACAUGUUUUUACUGUCUCUCUGUGACUCCAUCUGUGCUUGUGUUUGAAUGAAAUCAUGCUUGGAGAGUACAUAUCAAUGUGUGUGUGUGUGAGAGUGUAUGUUGUGUAUCAUAAAAAAAUUAAAAGCUGUUUGUGGUUUCAAUUUCAAUACCUACCAUGUGACUGUAAAUACUAGCCGAAUAAAUAAAACAUUU